AUGGAUUACGUUAAAGGUUGGUUGAAAAUUGUACCUAUUAGAUUUUUUAACAAUAAUCAAAAUACUGAGGAAGAGGAUAAUUAAAAGUUGUCGAUAUACUAUGAUUUAUUUAGUAAAAUAGAAGAAACAGCUUCAACUAAAAUGAAGGAUUAAGACAAGAUUUUAAUUUUGAAAUAGCUAGAACAAUAUGAUAUAUUAUUUGCUUAAUAAGAUAAAUCUGAAUGA